AUGGGUCCUUUCUAUUUACGUUAAUCAAAUUUCCUUAUAUCUCCAUCUUCCCUUUCCCCAGUUUUGAAAAGGUUCUUCAAAUUCUAGAAAUUCACUUGAACAAAGAAAGUUCCCCCCUUCAUUUCUCUUAUCAGUCAUUCCAAUCAUUCUCGAAUCUUUUCUUAUCUAUCACACCUCUUAUCCCCCACGAUAAGAGUUAACCCAGUGGAUAUUCUUUCGAAUCAUACCUCAAUAUAUCCUCAAUUUGUUCUAAAGAGCCUCUUCAUACUUUAUUUUCCAUUAUCGCAUCACAAAAGUCUUCAAUAUGACUACAACAUACCCUUACCCAACUCCUUCGGCUACACCACCCCACGAUUCUCCAUUACAACCUACAGUCCUCGUCUCUUCGAGAGCAGUCAUCUUUGACGAGAAUGACAACCUCAUUGUCUCGCCUGCAACCAUUACAAUCUCACCCUCAACCGGCAAGAUUAUAUCCAUCUUACCUACCGUUCUCCCACCCUCCAGUUUUCCACCAAACACAAUUUACGUCGACCACACUCCUCAUUUGAUCCUGCCGGGAUUAGUCGAUGCACAUGUUCAUCUCAACGAGCCGGGUCGAACCGAAUGGGAAGGUUUUAAUACCGGUACCAAAGCUGCUGCAUCAGGUGGUGUCACAACAGUCAUUGAUAUGCCAUUGAAUGCUAUUCCACCAACUACAACCGUGAAUGGAUUAAAAGAAAAGAUUAAGGCUGCGCAAGGUCAAUGCUGGGUUGAUGUUGGAUUUUAUGGUGGAAUUAUACCUGGUAACGCCGAGGAGUUGCUUCCGCUUGUUGAAGCGGGUGUCAGGGGGUUUAAGGGCUUCCUCAUAGAAAGUGGCGUCGACGAAUUCCCUGCCGUUUCUUCCGAUGAUAUAGCCCUCGUUCUCAAGACACUCAAAGAUUCUUCUACAACUCUCAUGUUCCAUGCGGAAAUGAUCCCACCAAUAACAGCCUCCGUAGGCGAUGACGUCCAAAUAUCCCUUCCACCUCUCCAACCAUCAGGUCCUCUGACGACAUACGAUACAUUCCUAUCCUCCCGCCCUCCAUCCUUCGAAACAUACGCGAUUGAUCAAAUUCUCUCGCUUGCCCAUCUCGCUCCUUCUCUCCAUCUUCACAUUGUGCACCUUUCCGCCAUUGAAGCUAUCCCUCUCCUCCGCGCUGCUCGUUCAUCUGGCAUAAACAUUACCGCGGAGACCUGUUUCCACUACCUCGCUCUUGCAUCUGAAGAUGUAUCCGAAGGUGACACCCGUCACAAGUGCUGUCCACCAAUUCGUUCUUCAGCCAACCGUGAUGGCCUCUGGAACGAACUCUCACACCCAGAAUCCGUCAUAAAAACUGUCGUUAGCGAUCACAGCCCAUGUACUCCUGAGCUCAAACUUCUACCCGAGCAUUUAUCCCAUGGCUGUGGCGCCAUGCGUGACGAUGCUAAAGGAGUGAAUGGCGCAUUGUUAAAAGAUCAAGAAGCUAAAGAGAAAGGCGAUUUUUUCGCCUCUUGGGGAGGUAUCUCUUCGGUUGGACUCGGUCUUCCAAUUCUCUGGACAGAAGCCACAUCUCCUUCUCGCGCUUCAUCUUCUUCCUCUAUCGAUAUCCUUGAUAUCGUGAGGUUAUGCGCUGUGAAUACGGCCAAGCAAGUCGGACUUCAACAUCGUAAAGGGGCGUUGAGACCAGGGUUAGAUGCGGAUUUUUGUAUCUUUGAAGAUGAUCACGAGUGGCUCGUAGGCAGAGAAGAAUUGCUUUUCAGAAACAAAGUUAGUCCGUAUACCGGGAAGACUAUGAAGGGAAGAGUGAAGGAGACAUGGGUUAGGGGAACUAAGGUUUAUGAAAGGGGUGUCGGAGAUAUGAAUGGAAUGGUUGUUAGGAAGGAAGGUCCUGUUGGAAGAUUACUUUUGGAAAAGAGAACUGUUUGAACUUAAGAUUUUAGAUGAGAGAACACUUGGAAUAGCUAGGUGCUCAAGAUGUAACGAUUUAUGAUAUAAUUCGGAAGUUGUCGGUAUGGUACGGUACGGUACGGUAUGGCAUUGGUAUGGGAUAUAAUUGCAUGUAUGGAUGAACGGUAUGAGGGAAAACUUGCAUGCUGAUUUAGCUUAAGUUGGUUGCAUAUAGUUGAUGAUUGUGAAAUAGCAUUUAUAGCAUAACUCGUAUCUUUACUGGGACACUAUAUCCAUUUUACUUUUGA